UCUUAUUCGGGCGGUGGCUGGUUGGCCUGGUUUUUAACUGAACUUGGUUCAGAGGGCGUGUGACCCGAUGCGAGUGCCCCCACCCCCCCCCCCCCCUCUCCUCCUCCUCCUCCUUUCAUGACUACUUUUCCUUCGCUUCUGUAACUCCCUUCUGUCUCUCCCCUUCUUCUUCGAAAAAGAUGCUCCCUAUCCCGUAAAUUUCCUACCAGAUUAAAACUCAGGCGGCCAUCGAACUCUCGUUCGGUCGAUAAUCAGGCGAACGCAGGACGAGUAUUUUAAUAGCAACAAAGAUUUGAGUUAGAAUCGUGAUAUAAUCCAGCGACAGCCAGACAGUGGAUUCCUGUAAACAGCCUAAACACAUUAAUGGAGAAACGAGUUGAUUCUAGCUUAUUCGUUAAUGAUGGUUCAUUCAUGGAGAGAUUCAAACAACUUCAACAAGAGAAGGAGAAGGAGAACGAGAAUGGCAGCACCUUAGGGGGGCCUAAAGCAAGCAUGACUGUGUCAAGGACAUCAUCUCAUAGUCCUGUCAUUAGUAAAACCAUCACUGAAUCUAAGGCUAAUGAUAAACGGAAGCCCACAUUGGCUGCUUCGAGUGGCAAACUUGCAUUCAGCUUGAAACAGAAGUCAAAGCUUGUAGCACCUGCUGUUAAGUUAGGCGAAGAUGAGGAUGAAGAUGACCCAGAGGCUGGAAAUAUAUCAGGUGAUGGACCAACAAAAAAACAGAAAUUGGGUCAACCAGAUGCUUCUGAGCAAUCGUCAAGACAAGUGGAUGUUGCACCUCCUUCACCAAGUGAUCCUGCAGUGAAGAAAGUUGCAGACAAACUAGCAAGUUUUGUGGCAAAAAAUGGAAGACAAUUUGAGCACAUCACACGUCAAAGAAAUCCUGGAGAUACUCCAUUUAAAUUUCUAUUUGAUGAAGGCUGUGCAGAUUACAAAUACUAUGAAUAUCGGCUGAUUGAGGAGGAAAAGUUUCUCUCACAAGCUGGAGAAUCACAAGCAUCACAUAAUGAUUCACACCUGAAAACAGAAGUAGGAAUUGCUUCUGGUGGCACAAACACUUCAGCUAUUAAAUUCAAUGGUGGUUCUUCAAGGUCAAGUCAGAACAAUUCAAAUUAUCAAAUUCCUGCCUCGGCUUUAUAUGAAAGCGUUGAGGACACAAGGGCUUCUGCAACUUCAGCUCAUGCUGCAUCGUCUGGAGGAACUGGUUAUGGUGAAUCUAGUGCGCCAUCAAGUUCAGACCCUAUAGCAAUGAUGGAAUUUUAUAUGAAGAAAGCUGCACAAGAAGAGCGGAACAGGCAGCCCAAACAAUCAAAAGAUGAAAUGCCUCCACCUGCUUCUCUUCAAGCUCCUGCGAAAAAAGGUCAUCACAUGGGUGAUUACAUCCCACCGGAAGAGCUUGAGAAGUUCUUGGCAACCUGUAAUGAUGCGUCUGCACAGAAAGUUGCAAGUCAUGCUGCAGAAAAGUCAAAAAUCCAAGCUGACAAUGUUGGACAUAAACUCUUGUCAAAAAUGGGCUGGAAAGAAGGUGAGGGUUUAGGGAGCUCCAGAAGUGGUAUUUCGAAUCCAAUAAGUGCAGGGAAUGUGAAAAAGAACCACUUGGGAGUUGGUGCUCAUGAACCUGGCGAGGUGACUUCAGAGGAUGAUAUUUACGAGCAGUAUAAGAAGCGGAUGAUGCUUGGUUAUCGUUACAGACCCAACCCUCUGAACAAUCCUCGAAAAGCAUAUUACUAAGGGAUUUACUUGUGUGAACAUUUUCAAAACUGCUUUCUAGUUGUUCUAUGGUAGUUUUUAUCUGAGACGAUGAUAUUGGGAUGGUGUCUUUGUGACACAGAACAGACCAUAAUAAUGGAGUUUCGCUUUGAGAAAUUUGGUGUCUAUUGCUUAUUUAUAUUGUUUCGUUUUAUUAAUUAAUGAUAUGGUAAUUGUUCAUUUCAA